AUGUCGUACGUGAGGUGCCAGGCGGAGCUCUACAGGCGCGCGCCGAGGCUGAGGGAGACAGACGUACUCCUGCACGUCGGAGAGGACGAGGCGUCCACAGCGAGGCGCGCUCGGCAAUGUGACACGGACGCCUGCGUGCAUUCCAGCCUCGCGGCAUGGCAAGAGCUGUUGAACGCGUGGCCCAUGCCUACCAAGAUGCUGAAGUUCUCCCGCAAUCCGUGCAAGCAGCCUGGUGCGAAGAAGGCGAUGCACGAUGCGUUGACCUCUAGCUGGUUUCGAGGAUAUGACUGGGUGAUACGCACGAACCCGGACCUGAUCUUCUAUGAUGACAGUCGUAUGUUUUCUCUCAUGGAGCGUUCGCAGAAUUGGGCAGUGGUCAUGAAGUGCGGCAACAUUCAAACCAACACGGAUUUCUUCGCGGUUCGGCCGGACCGCCUGCCAGUGGACGCAUUCUCGGAGCGGAACUCAACAAAACUCGACGCCUAG